CUCUCGCAUACCGUACCCUCGGCCAAAAGACCCUAAAGUGAGUCGACCGCCGCAAGCUUCUUUCGCUCGAUGUAUUCCCCCCGCAACGCCCAUAAACUGACUCCCUAAUCAGGCGCCUCUCAUGGCAGGCAGGCUGUGCCCGUGAAUACAGGAGCCCUUAUAAGUUUCCCUCCUUCAACAUCCAGCCCUUCAACUCCCUUUCGCCUCGUUUCUGUCUCCAUUUUCCACUCCUCUUUCAUCGAUCCCCCUAGUCCGAAGAACACGAGCGAACAUGGUGUCGCCAAUGAUCUCCAUCGCAAGGAUGGUCGUGCUGGGCAUUGCGGCCUUAUUCAGCUUCGUCACCAUUGCUCUCGCUGGGCAUAUGCGUAGCGUUACCGGGGAAUUUAUCGUAUAUGACUUUGAGAACUUGUCCAUCGCCGUUGCCGUCCUCACCAUCAUUUCGGUUCCCGUGUUUUUAGUUGUCGGAUUCCUGAGGAAAGGUUCUUGGUUCACUAUGAACGUCGUCGAGGUCCCCGUGUUGGGUUUCCUAAGCAUCCUCUGGUUGGCGAACGGAAUUCUUUACACUGAAUGGGACAGUGUUUUGUACGCAAGCCUCCAGUGCUCCUCCAAGCGCCUUAGUGCUACUGGCCAAACGUUCUGCGGAGAAUUCAGAGCCGUCGAAGCCCUCUCAUUUAUCACCUGGAUUGCUCUUUUCGGAUACGCCGCUGCCACUAUCGUCUUCUGUCUCAUCGGAAAGUCUCGAGGGAACAAUGUUUGGUUGGUUGACGCGAGCGCUGCAGAUUACUUUACCUGGAACAAAAAUCAUGGUGAACCUCAGUAUACUGGGAACACCGUACCUACGCAAGGUACUGGCCAGACUAUGGGUGCGCAAUAUACGGGUCAACAGCCCCAGAUGGGUUAUGUGCAACCGGUCGUACAGCAAGCCCCAGCAGCUCAGGGACAAAUGUAUCCUCCUCAGCACAGUUCGGGACCUCCGGUUCAUGCUCAGGUUUAAAAAAACGGGGUUGUUCGGAUUUCUUUACAAGAUUAGGGCUGUUUCAUUGUUGUGGUGUUUCGUAUUGCAAACCUAAUGUUUCAUGUUCAUGUGUGCUUAUAGUAAUACUCUUGGGAUUCGUGUGUUUUCUAUACCUCUAUCCUUGCUCGUGUUAUCAAUUGCCGUGCUAUUAUAUGCUCAAAUCGAAAACAACUUAAGGUGCCAUUAACGGCCUCGAA